CCAUUGGCGAUAUGCAGCCGGACACGGAGACCCUGUCCGCGCGCGCGCCUGAUUGCAAAGGCUGAAUGGGCACAGGGUUCUGCUGGCCCUUUAAGCGCGCGCCUGGGAGCCGCCUACAAAGUAGAGAGGCGCUCCCGCUUUCCGCUCAGUAAGUCGUGCUGCGUGCCGCCAAGAUGCCCAUGCUCGUGGUUAAUACCAACGUCAGCCGUGAGGCCGUGCCCGAAGGCCUGCUCGGGGAGCUGACCAAGCAACUGGCCAAGGCUACCGGAAAGCCAGCCCAGUAUAUUGCGAUCCACAUUGUGCCCAACCAGCUAAUGAGCUUCGGGGAUUCAACUGACCCUUGUGCCCUGUGUAGCCUACACAGCAUCGGCAAGAUAGGUGGGCCACAAAACAAGGCUUACUCAAAGUUGGUGUGUGACCUGCUUACUAAAAACCUGCAGAUACCUGCAGACAGGGUCUACAUCAACUAUUAUGAUAUGAAUGCUAGUAAUGUGGGCUGGAAUGGAUCUACCUUUGCAUAAGGCUCUUCAUUGUGCACCUUCUCUCUAUGGCCUGUAGCCUUUUUUAUGCACGUCAACCACCAUAGCACCUCCCCACUGCGAGCUCCUUGCUGGUCUCUUGUGUGCAUCGUAGUUGUAACAUUCCUCCAUGCCAGUAGAAAAACAAUAAAAACCUAGAUGGAUGUUGA